UCUAGGGAUGGCAAUUUGGACCGCAGCCCGCGGGCUAGCCCGUAAAAAGCCCAUUCGGGGCGGGUUUGGGCUCAAAGAACUUAGGCCCGGAAAAAUGCGGGUCUUGCGGGCUGGUUAAUUUCGGGUUUGGGCUUAUGCGGGUUGGGCUUACGCGGGUCAGCGGGAACCAACAAAGACAUAAUGACAUGAGGAACCAAGAACUGCAAGCACAAAGUAAGACAAAUGUCAACGGCUUCGUUGUUGAGUCGUGGCAGGUGAGUUUAGCAAACUGGAUUUUUAAGACAUACCCUGAAACUGCACUCAAUGUUCAAUCUCAGAACCCCAAAGCUCAGGACAUAUUAUAUGAACGUUCUCUUCGGUAUCAUCCGGAAUUUUUUGAGGAGUUUCUUCUGCCUACAGACAUAAAAAAUCCCAAGGCUGCUUUGUUUUUUAUUGACUAACUCUAAAGUGCUAAGAACUUUGAUAGCUUGACACACACGGAUUUAGUUAUUGACUUUUGCUGUUUCUUCUACCAUAUGUAAUUUAUAAGAUUUAAAUAUACUGACUGCUUCUUUAAAUUAACUGAAGCUUAACAAGCUAAUGAAUUGCUUAGUUAGUAGUACAAAUAACUUCGUUGUAGUAUUUUUGUUUAUAUAUACAGAUUACUCAUGAAAAUUCAGACAAAGAGAUGACCAAAAGAGAUAAGUAUUUGUUCUUUCUUUCUUUCUUCUUCUUCUUCUUUGUUCUGUUUGUAUUUGAAAACCUAAGCUGCUUAUGAGCAUAAUAAUGUCUUCUGUUUAGGUCUCUGACGAAAGAUGACAAAUAUCAAAAUUUUGUUUUGUCGUCCUUUUAUUCUCACAACUUAUUCUGUUUUUUAUUCUGUUUUGUCCUCCUUUUAUUAAAAUUUACAAAUAUCAAAAUUUUAAAAUAAAAAGAAAAAUACUGAGUAAACUAAAAAAACCCUAACAAAACAAACCUAAACUCACGCCUCACGGAAACAAGUCCCCCACGACUUAUUGUGACUUGUGAGGAAAACAAAAAUACCAAGAGAGAAACUUGAGAGCGGCUACAAAGGAGAUGGAUCCUAAAUUCAAGUACUUGGAAACCUGUGACUUUGAAACUCAACGCCUGUUAGGAGUCCUUGAUGCUGCUGAUGAGAGUCAUGAAACUGAGAUGGGUUGUUCUGAUGGAAAGAAGCAACAAAGAAGACGACUGAUUGAGGUACUCGAUGAUGACAUUGAUGAGGUUGAUAGUGAUGUUGAGGAGACUCCUCCUCCAAUCAAACACACUCAGCCUAGCAAACAAUUUGCUUUUGGAUCAGGGAGUCUUUCAAACAUAUCCGGAUCCACUUCAAAGGCGAGUCAAGGGAAACCAAAACCGGUUUCUGCUGUAAUACGUGGAGGGAGGAGGUGUUCCAAGCGGCCUCCAAAAAGUGGGGGAAAAAAGGUUUCCGAGGCAGACUCGAUGCAGCCACAAAAGAAGAAGAAAAGAGAUGAAGAAGAGAUUAACGUGGAUGCUGUUUCUGCCGAGGACGAUGAGGAUGAUGAUAGGAAGAGUAGGCAAAUGUCUGAUGUUUGGGUGGAUUUUUGUGUGAUUCGAAAGCCCAAUGGGCAGGAGAAAGCUAAGUGCAAUCAUUGCAAGAAUGAGUAUGCUUGGAGCUCUCACGGGCAUGGAACUACGUCGUUGAAAAGACAUCGUGACGUUUGCAAAAUGUAUACAAGGUUGAAUGGGAAGAUGAAUGUCAAUGCUGAAGGCAGAUUACAGCCUCGCAAAUACGACCAUCUUGUGUUUAGGCAGCUGGUAGCUAAGACAAUAGUCCAGCAUGAUCUCCCAUAUUCGUAUGUGGAGUACGAAAAAGUGAGAGACACUUGGAGAUAUUUGAAUGCUGAUGUCAAAACCAUUUCUCGAAACACGGCGAAAAAAGAUGUGUUCCGGUUGUAUGAAAGCGAGAGAGAUACACUGAAGAGAGAACUGGCGGGUCUUCCUGGAAGAGUUUCCUUGACGUCUGAUUUGUGGACAGCGCUAACACAUGAGGGCUAUAUGUGUGUGACGGCUCACUACAUUGAUCGAAACUGGAAGUUGAACAGCAAGAUCUUGACCUUUUGUGCUUUGUCACCACCACAUACAGGUAUGAAUGUCGCGAUGCAGCUCCUUGAAUCACUGAAAGAGUGGGGAAUAGAAAAAAAGGUGUUCUCUAUCACAUUAGAUAAUGCUACAAGCAAUGACUCGAUGCAAGAUAUUGUGAAAUCGCAGUUGAUGUUGAGCAAUGACUUGUUGUGUGGCGGAGAGUUUUUCCAUGUCAGAUGUGCAACUCACAUACUUAACCUCAUAGUGCAAGAUGGUUUGAAGGUUAUUGUAGGUUCUGUGCACAAAGUAAGAGAGAGUAUUAAGUAUGUAUCAGCAUCGAAAUCGCGUGAAGAAUUGUUCGAAAAAUGUGUGGUUGCUGCUGGUGUAAAGGAAAAGGCGGGUCUGAUACUGGAUGUGCAGACAAGAUGGAAUUCGACUUUCUAUAUGCUUGAUAGAGCCGUCAAGUACCGUAAAGCAUUUGUUAAGUUGGAGGCAUUUGAUAGAAGAGGUUAUAAAAUGGCGCCCACAGCUGAGGAAUGGACUAGAGCUGAGAAUAUCUGCCGUUUUUUGCGACCUUUCGCUCUGAUUACAAGUUAUAUGUCUGGUUCUACUUACCCGACUUCUAACUUGUAUUUCUAUCAGGUUUGGUUGAUCCAUGAUUGGCUUCGAAUUAAUGAAGAAAGCGAAGAUGAGAUUGUUAGAGAGAUGGUGCCACCGAUGAAGGAGAAGUUUGAUAAAUAUUGGGAAGAAGUCAGUUGUCUUUUUGCAAUGGCAGUUGUCUUUGAUCCACGUUUUAAGCUUACUAUUGUGGAUUGUUGUUUAGGGAAGCUUGACAUGAGUACACGAGAUGCAAAGUUGAGAAACUUGCGUGAUAAGCUCAGUACUUUGUUUGAGUCUUACGACAAAAAAUCCAAGACUUACUCGCCUUCUACAGAGCCACGUGAGAUGGUUCCACAAAACGUUUGUGCUGAAGAGUCAAUGGGAAUGUUUGAGAACUACGAUGAUUUCUUUGCUUUUCGCAAAGUCAGCGGCGUUGUGAGUGGAAAGACACCUCUAGAAGCUUAUCUUGAUGAACCACCUUUGGAAUUUCAUAAUUUCAAGAGCUUGGACAUUCUCAGUUGGUGGAAAGAUAAUACUCAUAGGUAUGGCGAUUUGUCAGCAAUGGCUUGUGACUUACUCAGUAUUCCUAUUACAACAGUAGCUUCAGAGUCUUCUUUUAGCAUUGGAUCGCGAGUACUUAAUAAAUACAGGAGCCGUUUACUCCCUCAGAAUGUGCAAGCUUUGAUAUGUACUAGGAACUGGCUAAAGGGAUAUGCAUCUUAUGCACAUGAUGAAAUUGAUGGUGAAGAAGAGAAGCUACCAUCAUUUGAAUCCAUUGUCAAUGAUAAAAAUGAAGAUGGACGUGAAGGAGAAGAAGCUUGAUUUUUUAUUUUGAUUUGUUGUUUUGUUUUUAUCUACAUUUAGAAUGAUUGUUUGGAUUUGGUUUUUAUUUAUCUUUGGGAUUCAUUGUUUGGAGAUGGUGUUUUGUUUAAUUUAAAUUUGGUUAAGACUUAAAAUAAUUUGCAGUGUUUGUUUGUGUUUUUGAUCAUGUACUUUUGCAAACAAUAUCUCACUGAUUCACUAUCACGUAUGAGCUUAACUGUUGAAUAUGAGCUGCAUGUUCUGAUACCUCAAAUCCUCUAUUCCUCUGUUUUCGUUG